AUGUACCGCGAACUUGCGACUAUCUCGGCCCUUGUGGCCACGGUCUCAGCCCAAGGCGCUUGCACUUUGACAACGGAGACUCAUCCUCCCCUGACCUGGGCCAAGUGCGCAGCUGGUGGUACUUGCACCAACGUCGCCGGGUCCGUGACCAUCGACGCCAACUGGCGAUGGGUCCACACUACCUCCGGGUACACCAACUGCUACACUGGCAACGAAUGGAACUCGACCAUAUGUUCAGACAACGCAGCUUGCGCGACGAACUGCUGCGUGGAUGGCUCAGACUACAGCGGCACCUAUGGUAUUACCACGUCAGGAAACGCCCUGAACCUCAAGUUCGUCACCACAGGUGCCAACGCCAACAUUGGUUCUCGUACCUACCUCAUGGAGUCAGACACCAAGUAUCAGAUGUUCACACUGCUCGGCAACGAGUUCACCUUCGACGUUGAUGUGAGCAACCUGCCCUGUGGCUUGAACGGAGCCCUGUACUUCGUGUCCAUGGACCAGGAUGGUGGUGCCUCCAAGUACCCUACCAACAAGGCCGGAGCCAAGUACGGUACUGGAUACUGCGACUCUCAGUGCCCUCGCGACCUGAAGUUCAUCAACGGUCAAGCCAAUGCUGAAGGCUGGGGCGCAUCAACCAACGACCCCAAUGCCGGCCACGGCAACUAUGGGUCAUGCUGCUCAGAAAUGGAUAUCUGGGAGGCCAACCAGAUCAGCACUGCUUACACUCCUCACCCUUGCGGAACUGUCGGCCAGGAGCGGUGCGAGGGCGAUGACUGUGGAGGCACAUUUGCGACAGACAGAUAUGCCGGCACCUGUGACCCUGACGGGUGUGACUUCAACUCCUACCGCCAGGGGAACACCACCUUCUAUGGCCCCGGCUCUGGAUUCACCCUCGACACUACCAAGAAGCUCACUGUGGUGACCCAGUUCCUCAAGGGUAGCGACGGAAACCUGGGCGAGAUCAAGCGGUUCUACGUCCAGAACGGCAAGGUCUUCGAGAACUCCCAGUCAGCCGUCGCCGGCAACCCUGGUAACUCCAUCACCACCGACUACUGCAACGCUCAGAAGACGGCUUUCGGCGAUACCAACGUCUUCGCUCAGAAGGGAGGUCUCGCCCAGAUGGGCAAGGCCGUCGCCGCCCCCAUGGUGCUCGUGCUUUCCGUCUGGGACGACCACGCGGUCAACAUGCUCUGGCUCGACUCGACCUUCCCCGUCGACAAGGCCGGCUCCCCCGGCGCCGCCCGCGGCUCCUGCCCGACUACAUCUGGCGUCCCGGCCGAGAUCGAGAAGUCGGCACCCAACUCCAACGUGGUCUACUCCAACAUCAAGUUCGGCCCCAUCGGCUCGACCUUCAACGCGCCUGCGGGAGGAGGAAGCCCGGGCUCCUCAUCUUCCGUCUCGUCCAGCACCAGCAGGGUCUCCACCUCGACCAGGUCGAGCACCAUCACCACCUCCACCCGGACCUCGACCACCACGUCCUCGAGCCCGACCACCUCCGCGCCCGGCACCAACUGCCAGGCCAAGUAUGCCCAGUGCGGUGGCACAGGCUGGACCGGAUCUACCUGCUGUGCCUCCGGGAGCACUUGCAAGGUCAGCAACCAGUACUACUCUCAGUGCCUGUAA